GCUUAUCAGAGUCACGAGGACUGGAAACGAUGUUGGCGAUGGCAUGUUCUCGCACGCUCAAGCGGCAUCUUCACCGCUCCGACUGGAUUGUAUGAUGGCUCCAGAAGUCAUGGAGAGCAGGAAGUGAUGCAGGCUGUGUGGCGCGGCUGGCCAUGAGUGCUAAAGUUACAUCCCCUCUCUUCCUCCCCUCCGCCUGUUGAGGAACAUCCCAAAACGGCCGUUCCUGUUGGGCCGACCUUCUCGAGCGAGCGAGAGUGCUGGCAUCACGCAGUCAUCUCAAGCCACUCCACAUCAACGUAUGCACAUUUAGGGGGGCCCGCCAGUCUAGUGGCGCUCGACUCAAGCGCAAACUGCCAUCGCGCCCUGCGUGAGUAGUGCUCGCUGGUGCUCGUGAUGAUCUCGCUGCACACAAGUUAUUUGAAUGUUUUGGUGCGUUACUAUCUCAGUUGCACAGAUACAGUAUAUCUGCCCUGGCAUUAAGCCAUUGCCAAGGAAGAGCGUAUGUAUGUAUCAGCGCGCGCGCACUGGCCCACCUUGCUCACAUGGAUGCACUAAAACGUGUGUGCCAGCAUUCAUACGCAUUUCCCACGGGCCUUGAGGGUGGAGCAAGGCUGGACCCGAAUGAAUUCCGUACCACUCCAAUCCCCGACAGCAGGCACCCCGGUACAUACACAAAACCCGCGCGCUCCUGUACAGAGCCUGUAAGCAACUUGACUUGAAGACGAUUGCAUAAAAUGACGGUCCUUUGGGGGCUCCUCUUGGUGGCCCUGCUGGCAGUUGUGAGCGUGCCCGUUCAAGCCUCCUCCGUGUGGAAGCCGCACAUCUUGUGCGCCGGCAAUACCUGCGAUGCCAGCGGCAUGUGUUUCUCCGCGUCAGCAGCCAAGUGGAUGUGGGACAGCUGCCCCAGCGCCGGCUGGCAGAUGCUGGGAAAGGCAAAUGUCACGGAUGACUCAGCGUGUGAGCUCUCCAGCAGCUGCAGCUGGUCGCGCUCCUGUCCCGAAGACAACGUUUAUGUCUCGGCGAGUUGUGGUGAUUGCUGGGGCUGCGUGGAGACGGCGGCGGGCUCACUACAGCAGCAGCAGAUUGGCAUGUCCGUCGUCGGCCGCGCUUACGUGAAAUGCUGCCCAAAGCGCUUGCGCGUGAAUUGCGCUGAGAUGCUUCCGUGUGUCUUUGAGCCGACCGCUGAGUCUCUCGUCGCUCAUGUGGACAUCGGCGGGGCCGCUCAGCGACGUCGUUCAGCCGCAGCUUGCGCAACGCCAGACUCGUUCCUUGGGGACUUGCUAGCGUCGAACAUGUCGGCCGACCCCGUGUUCCGAGGUGCAGUGAACAUGUUCCCGCCUCUAGGCGCCGUGAUGACCACCAUGCCCUCGGUCUUCACCUGGUACGCGGCGCGCUGGGACGCCGGCAUCCGCCCGGUCGUCAGCGCCAUGCUGUGCGGCAAGAACGGCGCCGCCAACUCGAUCGCCUCCGCUCUCGCAUCGCUGUUCACUCGCCCGCCCGCUACUGCGGACCGCGCCAUCUCCGUCCUCAGGCGCCUGCUCGUGCCCGUGGCCCAGAGCGCGCUGGACACCACCCCCGGCUCCGUGCUCUUCGACCUAAUCAACAACGACCUUGGAUUCGCCACCAAGAACGUGAAUGCCUACCUCACUCGCGACAACGUCCAGCUCGCAACCAAUUUCAUCCAGGCCUUCACCAGCAGCACGGAUGAGGACACGCUGUCGCUGCUGGUGGAGGCGGCCGACCUGGCGGGCGGUGCGGUGGGUGCCGACUACGACUACGGCAGCGUGCUGGGCUACGUCGCCAACAACCCAUUUGGCAUUGUGGGCGUGCUGGUCGGCCUGGGCGCAGAGCUGCUGUCCGUGGACAGUCGUGUGACUGCCAUGCUGACCAUGACGGCCGGCGAGAAGGACAUGUUCCAGAAGAUGCAGGCCAACCUGGCCCAGCUCAAGCCCGCCAUCAAGGGCAUGAUCCAGGUGCUGGAGCGCUACCCGGACUACCAGGUGGCGCUGGCCGCCCCCAGCCUGAAGGACGUUGUCACGCCCACCACCCAGACCCCCUCCACCGUGCCCGACGCCGCCAACGCCUGCGCCGCCUCCAAGGACGGCGCCGACACGUUCCUCACCAGCAAGCUCGCCACCGACUCCACCUUCCUGUCGAGCCUGGCAACACUACCGUACAUCGGCAACAUGUUCCAGACGAUCCCGGCUGUGGUGGACUGGUGGGUGGGCGCCUACGACAAGACCGUGGGCGUGGUGAUGCGCCUGGCUCUGUGCAACACCAAGGUGGCGGACAUCGCCACCAAGGACAUGGACCUGGCCCUGGCGGCUCUGAAAGACCUGGCGCUGCCUGUGGUGAAGCGCUUCCUGGUUACCAACAGUGGCAUCAUCCUGAGCCAGGCACUGCAGAAGAACUUUGGCUUCAACACCUCCGACAUCGGCCCCGACUACCUGACAAAGCAGGUGGUGUCGGACGUGGUGCAGUUCCUAAAGGACAACGAGGCAGACCUGGACUACGGUCUAGCCUACGUGCCGGGCGUUGUUGGCUACGGCCUGCUCACGCUGAUGGGCUUGGACGACCGCUUCACCAUCCCCGACCUCAUCUCCGACGCCCUCAUCGCCAUGUAUGCCAUGGCCGAGGUGCCGGUGCAGGUGCUGGGCGGCGGCAGCAGCUCCUCCUCCGCCUCCGGCCGCCGCAUGAUCGCCGACACCACCUCGCCCCUGGCCGCCGUGCUCACGCUCUCCACGGACCAGAAGCAGGCCUUCAACACCUUCUCCACCAGCGUGCUUCAGGUCCAAGCCCAGACCACCAAGGUUUUGUCCACCGUAGGCGUCAGCACCAGCGCGCCGCUGCCCGGCGCCGCGCCCAUCCCCACCCUGGCCCCGGGUGCGGGUGUCAAGAGCGAUGGCGGCAGCGCCGCUGGCCUUGCCGCCCAUGCAGGCCUGCUGCUGGGCUGCCUGGCGGCCCUGGCUUUCCAGAAGUUUGAAGGGUUUGUGUAAGGAGUCCCGGUGGCACCAUGGCACAUGGCACAUGCGACUCACAUGGUCCGCUUAUGGGCGUAGCGCAGUGCACGUGCUUUCGUUUGGUUUAUGGCUAUCAAGCCGCUCUUUGGGUGUUGAUGAGCAUCCUUACUUUCGGUUGGCGUGAUGCUUGUUUAUGUGGGCGGGCGACGUACAGAGGCGAGUGUGUGAGGAGGUGUGGCUGUUGCCGGCCAACGGUGCCAAUGAACUACUCAAGGCUCGAAGCUCCGGCAGGUCCAACAGCAGCAUACACCGCCUCGCGGUGAACCCAGCGCGCGCGGCUCUCAGCUGUUCCCAGCUGUCAACCACUGUUUAUGUAAGACCCAACUAAG